AUGGGAAACGGGAAUACUAAACCUCCCCUGGGGCCCGCGGAGUUUGGACCGGAGGCCGAAGAGCUUGCAAAAGGGAGGCGGUGGAUGCAAAAGGCUGGGGACGGAGUGGACCAGACGAUCACGGCCACAGGGCGGCAGACAUCGUCAACCGCACCGACACCGGCCACGACAACGUCGACAACAACAAUAACGAGACAGGACACGAAGAAGGAGCGAAGGAGGAGCGUUUCACGUACUUGGACGGAAGCUUCCCGCCAAGGCCAGGAGGACAAGGCAAAGGAAGCGACAACGAGAUCGGGUUCCAAGACCCACAGAUAUCGUCGACAACGACGACGGCUUGCCCGAGGACUCAGAGCAGCAAUGCCAAAGGGACUUGGUGCGGCCAUCGCCGGCUGUGGCCGACUCGUCUAUCGAGCCCGUCGGAGAUCGAGAAUGGAGGCAGGCAGCGCCGGCGUGGCGGCGACAACGACCGAGAGCGGGGGAGGAGCGGCCUUCGGACGGGCAUCGAGCGAAGGACUUCGUGUCCGGCAGCCGGGGGGACGACGAGCAGGAAUGCGGGCAGUGCGCGGAGGCGGCGGCGGCGGCGGCGGCGGGACCUUGCCCUCUUCAACAGCAGACGGCGACCGAGUACCGGUGCACGGGGGGGCUUCUACCGCCUCGUCGACGUCUCCUCCUCCGCAGCUGCAGCUCCCGGUGGCCUCCGCGGAAGAUACGACGUGCUUCGACCUCGCGGAGAGCCGGAGCGUCUCCAGCGCCAACAGCGCCGGCGUGGUCCAGGAGCAGCUGUCGGUGUGUUCCUCCUUGCCGCCCAUGGGUGGCACGGGGAACGGGACGGGGGGCGCGGGGGGGGGCGCCGCGACGGCGACGGACCUGAUCUUCGAGGAGUCCUCCUUCGAAGACAGCGUCGCCUCCGUGUCGCAGGCCUCGUCGGCGGAGAGGUGCGGCAUCGAGGCGCUCGGUAGCGGCAGCGACGCGAACGGCGAGGGCGGCGGCGGACGCGGCGGCGGUGGUGGCAUCGGAGUGCGAGGAGGGAAACGAGGGAGAGGAGGCCCCGCUCCGCGACAACGCAGCCGUUCGUCUUCUGAUGAGUUUGUGCGGACCAGGUCUGUCGGGCGUGGCUUGUCUAACCUUAUGGCGCGGAUCCACGAGCAGGAUGAGUUCGGGGGGAGCACGCUGGAGUCCCAAUGGAAACCCCGUCCGCGUGACCUAGACUCGAGGUCGGGCACGGGAGAGGUCUUCCGGGUGCAAGAGCUGUCGGACUGUGACGAGGAUGGGCUAGAAUCCGUGUUGACGACCUCCUCACCACCGGCGGUAACGGUGGCGGCGGCCGCCACCGUCGCGGCCGCAAACAUGGGGCAUCAACGGGCUUCCCUGGAGCUGCGGAACUUGGCACUUGAGCGCGAGGUAGAGCAGCUCAAGACCUACCUCCGAAGCAUGGGAGGCGAUGACGUCAUCAACACCGACCGUCAUCUCCACGGCGUGCGCCCCAGGCCUCGGCCACACCAACAACAACGCGUCGGCGAGCAGGUGCUUCUGCACCAUUCGGCCGCACCCCCUCCCGUCUCAGACCCCCCUCCUUCAAUCACUCACCGGAGCGGCGGCGGCAGCGGCAGAAACGGAGGUAGCAGCUGGAGAAGCGGCGGCGGCGGUGGUGAUGUGACCGCACGAGGCAAGGCCGACGACGUCGGGCGAGCGAGAAGAUGGUCGGACAAAUGGAGAGGAGGCGGGGCGCCGGACCCCUCAGCCGUCGUAGUACAUGCCGGCAUGCACUCUCCGCGCGCGGCGGGCGAGCCGGACAGCGGUGCUGCUACCGCGCAAGACGAGACCACCGUCGUCGUACACGCGCAACAACAGCCCGCUCCUUCCCCUCCGCGAAAGCGCGGCGGCGGUGGCGGCGGCGGCCACCGGGCGUCGGCCGCGGCGGCAACAGCGGAGUCCCCGGCCACUUCCUCUCCCGUGAGAAAGCUCCGAUCGGACAGGCUGCGCUCGCCGGUUUGCGCCGCUGGUGCCUCGGUGGCCCAAGCGCCACCCCAGCAAGGGGGUGUGGGCACCGACACCGUGCCGUUGCUGGAGGCGACGGGGGUCGGCGCUCUCGACGGGUUUGGGGGAACGAGCAAGAGCGACCACCGGGAUGAGGAGGAGAAACCUGUCCUUGGGGAUUCCAGGCAAACGCCAAGACACGAUUUGUCCGGCGAGGUCGGCGAAAGUCGGCCGUUGCCUCGGCUGCGGGUGGAGGAGGCGGAGCGGCGGCGGGGCGUGCCGGGAAAGGCACGACCAGCCAAGAAGCCGAUGAAUCUGGGGGGCAUGGUGUCGGGGAUGAAGCACACGCUUCUAUCCCGAAGACGAAGCGCGGGGGACAAAGUCACGCCACUUGUCGUCCCAGCUGGCACCCGCGCCUCCCCUGCACCCACACCCGCCGCUAGCGGGGGUGGCGGCGGCGGCAGCAGCGGCGGCGGCAAGGGAAAGGAAGUCACCUUUGCGGCGGCCGAUCCCGACGCACACGACUCUGCCACUGCCGACGACAAACACGAGACGACAAACACAGAGCAAACAGCGGGCAAGACAAAGCAACGCGGCUCUCACCGUCGAGCACGGGGAGGAGAGAGAGGCUCGGCGGUCUCCUCCUCCUCUCCCGUGCCCCCACAAACGGCAUCGACCGCAACCGGCACCACAACGACCAUGGCAAAAGAGCGCCAACGGGGACCGGGGGUGUUCGGAGGACCAACUCGAGGAGGGCGAGGGGGGGGGGCAGGGGAGGGAACCCCGGCAUCAGGAGCAUGCGCAAAACAAGCGCUCACCGAAGGCAUCUCAUCAGCGACAACGGCCACGCUGCCGUUUGAGCAUCUGCCCACCGAAGCUUCUGGAGAACAAGGGGUUGAAACAGUUACGGAAGGGGUUGCUGGGACGUCGGCACCCGCAGCGGCUACGGCGGUAGUGGCGGCAGUAGAGGCGGGAGCAGCGGCCGCGGACGAAGCGGAAGACAUCGCCGAGAAUAGCAUGCCCGUUUACGGACGGUGGCCGGCGACCCUCGAUGCGAGAUGGGCGGAGGUUGAGUUCAUGCUGUGCCACGAGGUGGAUUGCGAGGAGAGCCUGCAGUACACUAUCGAGGCGACAGAGGCGGGGUUAGUCUUCAUGGACAAGCUGGAAGAGAAAGCACAGGAGUUGGGCGUGCUCAAGGGCCAGCUAAGCCGCUGGCUACUCCCCUUUAACGCCGAUACGUCCGUGGAGGAACAGCAAGCCGCCACCCCGCGACGGUUCCAGGAAUCUUUGCUCGCGUCGUCGGCGACCUCCGGCACCGCGGGCAGCGUUGGCGGUGGCGGCAAUAGCGGCGCUAGUAGCGGUGGCGACGGCGGAGGCAGAGGUAGCGGCAGCGGUGGUUUGACCGAGGAGGAGGCGGAGUAUCUUACAGACGGGGCGCGUAGAGUUCGGCAGCUGGUGAGGAAGGGGAUUGGGGCAGACUGUUAA